GAGAGAUAAAGAGCAAGAAAGUCAAACGCUCGCAGUGCCCCCGAGUAAGACACGAGACGAGCUGCUGAGAAAAGAGAACCAUGCAGUUCCCGAGGCACUUUUUGGGGCUCUGUUUCCUCUUCUCAUUUGUUCUUACUGAGAGCAAUGCAGAUGAUACCAUUGAUGAAGACACAGAUGAUUCUUCGACUGUUCCCUUCAAACAGGGAAUUCGAUUCGACGACUUCGAUCUGAAAUUUUGCAAGGCGUUGUACAAGUCGCAAGCGGGAAACGUGGCCGUGUCGCCUGUCAGCGUGAAAUUGCUGCUGGCGAUGAUUUACGAGGGGGCCGCGGGAGAUUCGGCCCGAGAAAUCCAAACCGCACUUGCUCUCGGAGAAAAGUCGGAAACGAGGCGCAAGUUCAGAGGAAUUGUCGACUCGUUAGUGACCGACGCAGACGGCAAAUGCGAGCUGGAUCUGUCAAGCAGGCUGUUUGUCAGCCCACAGGCGUCCUACUCGAUGGGCUACCGAAGGGUGCUCUACACGCACUUCAAAGCCGAAAUCAUGCAGGCCAAUUUCUCCUUCCCACUUGAGGCCGCCGAAGUAAUUAACAGCUGGGUCUGCAACGCCACCAACGAGCGAAUCAAGGAAAUCAUCAGCCCCAACGAUCCCAACUUGGCCGAAAUGCAGAUGGUUUUGGCGAACGCGUUGUUCUUCAAGGGCUCGUGGCAAAUGCCGUUCAACCCUGACACCACUGCUAAGGGUGACUUCCACCUCCUGGACGGCACCACUGUCAAGGUGGACAUGAUGAGGACGAGGGGUAGUUUUUAUUAUGUGGAUGAAGAGCAAUGCGGCUUCAAACUCAUAAGAAUGCCUUAUCAGGGUGGAAAGUAUUCUAUGUAUCUGAUGCUUCCCAAAGAGAAAACCGGUCUUAUUAAACUGGUCGAGGAAAUCACCCCUGACAGUAUCAGAGAGGCGAUCAUGAAAAUGCAAAAAAUCGACGUUACCAUCGGCCUACCAAAAUUUUCCGUCAAGCUCAGAAUCGACACAAAAUCAAUUUUAAAUGAGUUGGGAAUCAACAAAAUUUUCACUAAUGCGGCGGAUAUGCCGAAAUUGUCCAAGGACAAUUCCAUGCACGUGUCAAAAUUGAUUCACGAAGCCGGUCUGGACGUGGACGAAUUGGGAAGCACCGCCUACGCAGCUACUCAUGGCCAGAUGGUGCCGAAAAUGCAGCAAGAUUCGGUGGUUUUGUUGGUGAACCACCCGUUCGUAUUGUUCAUUAAGGACGACACGACCGAGACGGUGGUGUUCGCGGCCAAGAUAGACAACCCGCUUGUCGGCUCUGCCACUACUGCACCUGCGAGCAUAAAUGAGCCGCAGGCCCGCGCCCUGCACGCCGACCCUGAGCCGACGCCGCCGCAGGACGAGAAGGUCGUCAGCCUGCCCAGUCUGUUCUCGACCAAAAUGGAAGAGACGAUGGUCGCGGCCGAGCACAGAAUGAACACCUCCCGCAAUGUGCAGGAGGUGGCCACUGAAAAGCGCACCGACGAGAGGGAAAGUGUCGUCAUGAGGAUUCCGCCCAAGGCGAGCAAAACCGCUCCGGCUAACUGAAAAGAGUAUUUUAUAUAUUCAAAGUUGUAGAAAUAUAAGCUGUUUUAAUGUAAUUCUCAAUUAAAAUUUUACAAUACAAACUCCAAAUUUUAAUUUCCUGACCAUCAGAAAAUUUGAAUUUCAUUUAACUUUAUUCCCUAUAUUUUUUGUUAAAUUGCUCGAAAAUUGCAACAAAAUUUGUGUUUGCAAAAAAAAAAUCAAGCACCA